AGCACUACUCCCCAACUGUGCGACGCCUUCACGUCGGUAAACCACUCGAUGCACCAAACGUCUGGGUGUUAAGCCGGUGGCCGACGCAAUGUACUUUAUACGGCUGCAUGUCGCUUUUUUUCAUCUUCUUCAGAGCUUCUUGCGCAGCCCGUCGGCAAACGCCCUCCAAAAGGUUGAAGACGAGGAACUCCUGUGUCACCUGCCCUCUGUGAACGCAACCAACGGCCCUUCUGGCUCUUCGUCAGCCUGUGCAAGUGUUUCGCAGGAUGAGGCGGUUGGAAUGCGUCCGAUGCAUCCGACGGGGAAAGCGUACGGAAAUCCUAAGACAGAACGCCUGUCCAUUCGCGCAGACAGGCCGGGGGUCGAUGUGAUUUUGAGAAGGUGGGUGCAAUGGAGCGAGCUGUGUCGACGGUCGUCAGUGCGAGAAAUCAUAUUACCAUUGCCUUCAUUAGUUGAUGCACGUCGUGGGCAGACCACAAGAUCGGACUGGGCGAGUAUCUUCGGUCCUCCAGUUUCCGUCAUUCGUAUACAGCGAACGAGAAGAAUAGUUGAUCAUGGAUUCACCGCAGCCCGCACAGACGACGUAUGCGGCUGAAGGGGCAAGUCCGGACGGAAUGGUAGGCGAGGGAU